AACCCAGGAGUUAUUAGUCGGUUGUUAAUUAACUGUUAUUUUCAGUGUGUCUGAGAGCGCCGUCGUCCCGACCGCCGGAAGUCUGCAUGAAGCUGCGUCUCCUACAGAGGCGACCGACGCCGUCCACGUUUUUUUUUCUGUCUUGGUUUUUUUUUUUUUUUUUUUUUUUAUUCGAGACUUUUUUUCUCUUUUUUUAUUUUCUCUCAGCGAGAUGAGCAGGGAGUGAGGAAUGGAGGCGUAGGGAGCACGGAUGUUUGUGUUUACUCAGCUAGUGAAGCAUAUGAACAUACAGGCCUCCUUGUAGCAGGAGCAAUAUGAAUAUACAGGCCUCCUUGUAGCAGGAGCAAGCCAGCGAACAAAAGGAGAAAAUUAAUGGAGAAAUAAUGGACGAUUCCCAUUUCAACUCAUCAUACUUUUGGUCUCCCGUCCCCACUGUACAAGGACAGAUCGAGAACGCCAUGUUCCUGAACAAGGCAAAGGAGCAGCUGGGUCAGGAGAAGACCAAUGCCUCCUCCUUCUCUCACGCCUCUGCGUCUUCCACCUCCUCACCCCACUACCCCACAGCUGUGCUCGCCAUCCCCAGCUCAAUGGACACAGGGUCCGGAGUGCGGUUGGUCCCCAAACAGGAAGGAGGUGGGAGUACAGGAGGAGGAGGUGGUGGUGGCAUGAGUUCACUUGGGGGACACCUGCACCAGUCGCACACCACCCAGAACAUCACCGUUGUGCCUGUUCCCUCUACAGGUAUCAUGACUGCAGCGGGGUUAGUGAUCACCACCCCUCAAGGAACACUGGUCCCCACUGCCUCCACGCAGUCAUUUGUAGGUGGACAUCCCACUGCCACCACCAUGAUAGUAUCUGCACUGCACCACUCAAAUACAGACAAGAAGGACGACAUUGCUAUCCCUCCUGCAGUUGUCAUGCCAACACCAUCAAAGCGAGGCAGAAAGAGCAAACAGAUGAUGGGCAGAGUGGGCGGGGUCCUGCCUCCAGGAAGUGAUGCACUAAUAUUGGCACACCUGGCAGCUGGUGGACAGCACCACGGCGCUGACCCAUAUGACCUGUCAAAUGAUGAGGAUGAUCAUACCAACAAAGAUGGCCCCAAAUCCUACAGGUGUCGGAUGUGUGCAGUGACGUUUUUCAGCAAGUCAGACAUGCAGAUCCACGCCAAGUCUCACACGGAGGCCAAGCCCCACAAGUGCCCCCACUGUUCCAAGUCGUUUGCCAACUCCAGCUACCUGUCCCAGCACAUCCGCAUCCACAGCGGGGCCAAGCCCUACACCUGCACCUACUGCCAGAAAACCUUCAGGCAGCUCAGUCACCUACAGCAGCACACACGAAACCACACGGAGGCCAAGCCCCACAAGUGUCCUCACUGCUCCAAGUCGUUUGCCAACUCCAGCUACCUGUCCCAGCACAUCCGCAUCCACACCGGGGCCAAGCCCUACGCCUGCUCCUACUGCCAGAAAACAUUCAGGCAGCUCAGUCACCUACAGCAGCACACACGGAUUCACACUGGUGACCGACCGUACAAGUGUAACCAUCCUGGCUGUGAAAAAGCUUUCACUCAGUUGUCCAACCUCCAGUCUCACCGUCGGCAGCACAACAAAGACAAGCCGUACAAGUGCCACAACUGUAACCGUGGUUACACAGAUGCUGCCAGCCUGGAGGUGCACCUUUCCACACACACCGUCAAACAUGCCAAGCUGUUCUCCUGUGGCCUCUGUAACCGAUCCUAUACAUCGGAGACAUAUCUAAUGAAACACAUGAGGAAGCACAACCCUGACCCGCUAACAGUGGCAGCAACAGUAGCUGCUCAGCAGGCCCAGGGCCUUACGCCAGGUAGAGGCCGAGGCCGUGGCCGAGGGAGAGGAGGAGGUGCGGGCAGAGCAGGCCAGCUCCAAAACCAGACCAACCCUAAUAACAGCCAGAACCCUAACCCUGGUGCACCAGGCAGCUACCAGCCAACCCAGCAGCCCACAGAAGCUGUGGUGCAAUGCCCGUUUGACCUGCACCAGUACAAAACAGUGUCAGCCAGCGAGAUCCAGUAUAAACCAGUCACUGUGGCGGACCUGCCAGUGGCCCACAAAGACCUCUGCCUCACCGUCUCCACAUCAGCCAUUCAGGUGGAGCACAUGAACUCGUAGGCUGCGUCUUCCCACUCUGUUUGAGGAAUUUCUAAUUGUGUCUGCAGUGUAAAAAACGGUCCAUAUAAACAAGUUAUUUAACUGUAUUUAGUAUUUUUGUCUUCUUAGGCAAGAAACAAAUGGCUCAUAGGGUGGAAAUGUUUUACCAAUGUGAUACUCAAAGAUACAAGUAAAAGCCACCCUAAGCCAGUUGUUUUUCUUCAUUUUGAGAAGCUUAAAUAUUGAGUACAUUAAAUUACCUGUUAGCACACAGAUAUUUUACAAUGUGCUUCUUGAGCCCACUUGUGCCAAGUAUCUCUCAGAAUAAAUGCUGGUCGGGUAAUUUAUUCUUCAGUCUGUGAAGAAUCAACCAGAAAUUAAUUGGAGCUCACUUUUGGCUUUUUUGUCAUUAUGAAUGAGAUGGUGAUUAAAUCCAGAUCCCAUUUCUCAAAAGCAUGUUUAAUCUAAUUUCACCUUUCUUCAGCUAUGAGUCAGUGGACCAGUAAUCAGUUUUACUUGGCUUUGUAAAAUACCCUUAAAACACUGAUCCAAAACCAGCAGUCCUCCUCUGAGAAUCUUGAUAAAAGAGGCUCACAGAGUCCCUUCUCUUUUUUUAUUGCAGUGUUUGCAAUAAGCACCAUCAGAGGAUGAAGAUGUAAAAUAUCUGUAAAGAAAAAAAAUAUAUACUACUCUCUGCACAUUUAUGGUCCAGAGAAUGGUGUAGUUGUUGGAACACAUUCAGAUCACAUUAAUCUGAACAUUCUCCAUUAUUUAGUUCAAGCCAAAACAAGGGAGAGAAACAAGACAAGAAACCAACAACAAAAGAGUAUAGGGAAGGGCUAAGUGGAUAACUUUCGAAUGGCUUUUGAAUGACACCUCUGGUUGGAUCAGAAAGGCUGAAUUGAAGCCUUAGAAAAGAUCACAAAAGAAGAGAUCCCGGAGAAAAAAUAUAAUGAGGUGUAUUAUUGGAAUAGGCUCAAACCUGGGGCUGAAUCGUGAAGUGUUCACAAAUCUUGUUUGUGCUCACCUCAUCUCAGACAGCAAGGAGUUGAGGAGCCAUUUCUUUUUCGGAGCCCAUAGUAUUGAACAAAUGACUCGGAUCGGUUCAAGAAUGCACUAAAUAUGAGGAAUCUGCAGCUGAGCAAGACAGAGACAGGAGAGAGAAAGGGGGUUUGGUGGGGUGGGAGGGGUCAUAAAGAAAGCACUUGAUGAAGCUUGUACUUCAUGUCUAUGUUUGUCGUUAUUGUACUUUUUUUUUUAAUAUAUCAUAUGUAUGUAUUUUUCUACCAACAGAGGAACGUGUGAAAAAACUCAGAGAGAAAGCAAAGUGAUGCAUGAAUGUGAAAGGAACAGAGAGAAAAGUCCUAACAGAGUGUUUUUGUCCCUUUUUUUUGUUUCUAUUCAAAGACAAACAGUUUAGUAAAGACAGCCCAACUCAUCAUAGUCAGUUGUUGGCAGAAAUAAUGAUUGUGUGAUAAAAAUGGCUGACAGGUACUGUUAUCAAUCUUUUUUUUUAAAGAACUUUUCAUA